AUGGUGGCUUCAUUAUGGUUCACUGCGGGCAUGGGGGCACUCGGCCUCCUGCUCUCCGCUGAUGGAGGCAUGGCUGCCAAACAGCCAGGUUUCCGCUUCCCUUCAAGCCCCGCCUACCGUGAGGUAUGCCCUGAGCGAUGUAUUAUUUCCGGGCCAAACUCGGGAAACUGGUCUGUCUAUCCCAACUUUAAGCAGAUCAAGAAGUGCACCCAGACCAUGUUCUACGACUUCAACCUCUAUGACCAAGUCGACAAUCCCGACACCAACUCCCGCAUCGCUGCUUGCACUUCGUUCGGUCCUGACUUUUCCCUUCUACCUCCCAACAACUCUGCCGCACGGACUGCUUUCGUCGACUCUGUCAACGUCGAAUUUGAAGUUGGCUGGCAUGAGGAGGGAUUCGGCCUGGCUGCUUCCGGCCUUCGGUCCCUGAUCAAGCAAAUCCGCAAGUACAUCGACAACGGACACGGAGCGACUGAUGGGCCCUUCAUUGUCUAUGCUCAGUCUGGCCAAGCCACUGUCGGUCUCUACGUCGGCCAGGGUCUGCAGAACCAAGGCCUCAGCGAGUCUGCCUUGAGCAUCUUGCAGGGCAAUAUCGACACUCUCAAUGUCUCGACGCCCAGCUUGGCCAUGCAGCUUUGCGGCUCUGGUCUCGACAGCACUCAUACGUUUGGCAUCAUGGUCACCAGCAAUGCCACCUUUGCUCCCAUCCAAAACGCCAUCAAGACUUGGGCCAACGCCACUUGCUUGUCCUUUGCCGGCUCCAAGAGCUUUGCCGGCCAGGCCGUAUUUACCACGCCCCUUCUGCCCACAAACGGCACUUUUGGUCUGAAUUCCACCAUCGACUCCAACUCCACCGCCCAGGUUAGAGGGCACGGCCCCAAGUACCACAGGGCUCUCCACGCCCUCCAUGCUCGUGCCGAGUGCAAGAGUGCGCAGGUUGAAUCUGGUGAUAGCUGUGCUUCGCUGGCCACCAAGUGUGGCAUUUCGGGCGCCGCCUUCACAAAGCUUCACCCCGCCUCCGACUUUUGUGCCAGCCUGAAGCCGAAGCAACAUGUCUGCUGCACUACCGGAGAUCUUCCUGACUUCCGUCCCGUUCCUAACACCGAUGGCUCUUGCUUCUCGUACAAGGUCAAGGCCAAUGAUAACUGCGCUAAUCUCGCUGCCGAGUAUGGCUUGACCAACAAGGACAUCGAGGGCUUCAACAAAAACACCUGGGGCUGGAACGGCUGUCAGCUCCUGUUCACUGACACCAUCAUGUGCCUGAGCAAGGGAAACCCGCCCUUCCCCGCCCCGAUCGCUAACGCCGUGUGCGGUCCGCAAAAGCCAGGCUCCAAGGCGCCGACUGAUGGCUCCAAGAUUUCCAACUUGAACCCCUGCCCUCUCAACGCUUGCUGCAACAUCUGGGGCCAGUGUGGUAUCACCAAGGACUUCUGUGUUGACACCAACACCGGCGCUCCGGGAACUGCCAAGCCAGGCACCUACGGCUGCAUCUCCAACUGCGGCACUGACAUUGUCAAGGGUGACGGGUCCGGCGCCAUCAAAAUUGCCUAUUUCGAAGCCUACAACCUAGGCCGAGAGUGCCUCCACCAGGACGCCUCUCAGGUCGACACAUCCCAGUACACACACAUCCACUUUGCCUUUGGUACCCUGACCACUGACUACCAAGUUGAGGUUGGCGAUGUCUUGUCUUCUUACCAGUUCCAGGAAUUCAAGCGCAUUAGGGGCGCCAAGCGUAUCUUGUCCUUUGGUGGCUGGGACUUCUCCGCUCUGCCUGCAACUUACUUUAUCUUCCGCAACGGUGUCACCGCCGCCAACCGUCUUAAGAUGGCCACCAAUAUUGCCAACUUCAUCAAGAAGCACGAUCUCGACGGUGUUGACAUUGACUGGGAGUACCCCGGCGCACCCGAUCUUCCCGACAUCCCGCCUGCCAGCCCGGAUGAUGGACCCAACUAUCUCGCCUUCCUCGUUGUUCUGAAGAAUCUGCUGCCUGGCAAGUCGGUCUCGAUCGCCGCUCCCUCGUCCUAUUGGUACCUCAAGCAGUACCCUCUUAAGCAAAUCGGUGCUGUAGUGGACUAUAUCGUCUACAUGACGUAUGAUUUGCACGGGCAGUGGGAUGCCCACAACAGUUACUCUCAGGAGGGAUGUGACACCGGCAACUGCCUACGCAGCCAAGUCAACCUAACAGAGACCAAGCAAUCGUUGGCCAUGAUCACCAAAGCCGGAGUCCCGGGCAAGAAGGUCAUUGUCGGCGUGACCAGCUACGGUCGAUCUUUUGAAAUGGCGCAGCCUGGCUGCUGGGGUCCAGGCUGCUUUUUUACCGGCGACAGCAUGAACUCGAACGCGAAGAAGGGCAUCAUAGCCGGGACCGGCUCGAAGCGUUCGGGCAGAGUCAUCGCCAGCUUCGUGGAUGCAAGCAGCAACAGCGACAUUCUCGUGUACGAUAAUAACCAGUGGGUCGGCUACAUGAGCGGCGCCACCAAGAAGACCCGUUCGUCUCUGUACGCGGCGUGGGGAUUGGGAGGUACCACGGACUGGGCUAGUGAUUUGCAAAAGUACAACCCUGUUCCGUCGCCUUCCAAGGAUUGGAAGACCUUCAAGCUCGCUAUCCGCUCUAACUUGGAUCCCAAGUCCGACGAUGGCGUCCGUGGAGGCAACUGGACCAAGUUGACCUGCACCAACGACUUCACGCGCCACCCACUUGAACAUGCUCCUCAGGAGAGUUGGAAGGAGCUCGGCGCGGAUUCCGCGUGGGAAGAUGCUAUCAGAAACUGGAAAGAUAACAACCGUGACAGACAGGGCUACUCCUUCAUGGACUCGAUUGGAGAUACAUUCGGCAUGGGACGUGGAGCCAACACACAGUGCAACCAAUUAAGCGUAGGGGACAACUGCGACGAUUUUUCAGAUUGUCCCAACAGUGCGAACGGGGACAGUUCUGGUCCUGCGGCGCAAUUGAUCUGGAACUCACUGGUGCGGAUCCAUCUGGUCUACCAUGAGUACUACAACGCUUUGUCCACGGCUUCCGGCGUCAUCAGCAUGUCUCUCGGUAGCAUGACCAAGACUUUCGCACCCGUCCCACCGCCUCCUGAUAAUUCGAUGACGGAACUCCUCAUUGAUUUUUUCACUCUUGGAGCCCUCUCAUUCGCCGGUCCUUUUUUCAACACCUUUCUCAAAACCACGGCGUACUUCGCCGCAAAGCAGGGCUCUUCGGCUCACGACAACAUCAAGGACACGGUUAUGACCCUAAUCGGCGCCAUGGCAGACAAAGACCAGAGCGACUUCUCCCACUACAUGGGCAAAGCCAUCACCGCCUGGCGCGACGCCAUCGCCCUCUCUGUUAAAAAGCUUUUCAAGGGCGAGGACGAGGAGCUCGAAGCCAUGUGGGAGCUUAUGUCAGACGGCAAGCUGAUACGGGGCUUAGGGGAAGCACACUUCGACGUCAACAAGACUUCCACGGACAUGGAGCACGACGUCUCCAAGUCCUUCUACGCCUUCGCCAUCCCCAACCUAUGGCGCUACUCCAAGACCUAUGCCUUCGUCAUCGACUCCGGUAUCUCCUGCGGCACCGCUAACCCGCUUGGAGAUUACUUGACCGACGAUACCAUGAAGAGCACCGGUUCCUGCGUCGACGACAGAUGGUACUUCCUUGUGCACCCCGAAGGCGACUCCAAAGUGUGCAAGUGCGAAAUCCCCGCUGGCCACGGUCCUUGUCAGACCGUUUGCCGCGACAACAAGUUCUCCGCUCCCACCGGUUUCGACUCCCUAGAGAGCUUCAAUAUCACCAAGAAUGAUUUGAUCAAAGGCUCGGUUCGCACAUGGAAGGCAAACGGCCAGAGAAACGGUGGUUCCCUUGCCGAUCCCCGUGAAGGCAGCACCAUCGAUGACCUUCUCAAGGUAGAUAUUACCACCCCCGGCUACGUCCGGCUUCCCGUCUGCUCUCCUGAACGCGCCUUCCAGUCUUGGGACACCUCCAGCAAGGGGUCAUCCCCUAACUACCCCUGCGACAUCCCGCCCGGAAAGAACAACUGCGGCGACUCGACCUUCGAGAACCAGACCUCCGGCGGCAGCCCUUCUGUGGAGGACUGUCUCCAGAUCAUCAAGAACAUCGAGGGAGACGGCAGCACGGAGUGGACGGUGGGUAUCGGCGCUCAGAAAGAGAUUGCUAAAGCCGGUAAAUGCAGAUUCGGCGUGGAAGCAGAGGGUGUCAAGGGUAGUGUCACCUACAACGUCGGUGGGCAGGAUAUGAUUGAUAUCAUCAACGAGUCUAUCAAGCAGUUUGGAGGAGGCGGCAAGGUGGGUGCCAAGGGGUAUAUGAAAUGCAAUGGUAAUGCCAGCCAGCAGCCUGUUAAGUGA